AUGGACUACAAAACCCACGCGCUGGGAUUCGGAAAAGCUGCCAACGAUACCGGAAACCACAGGCGUAGUCUGUACAUGACUGUGCGCGACUCGUUGGGAAAGCUGCAAAUGGAUUACAUUGACAUACUGCACGUGCAUGUAUGGGAUUACACGACGUCCAACAAAGAGCUCAUGGUCCCUCUUCAAUAUCUGGACGUCGAGCUACGGAUGAGCGAGGCCCGGGCUAAGGUGGCUGCGGAGCACGGCAUCGAAUCUGUAACGGCCAUCGCGCUGGUCUGUGUGAUGAAAAAGGCGCUGAACGUGUUCCCGGUCGUUGGGGGCAGGAAACUGGAACACAUCCACGACAAUAUCCAGGCCUUCAGCAUCAGACUAAUCGAUGGGCAGAUUCAGUAUCUGGAGAGCGUGCAAGCGUUCGACAUGGGAUUCCCAACAAUGUUCACCGGCCCCGACCCCAAUGUUAUGGCCUCACACGGCUCACAUGGCAUUCCCGAACGCUAG